AUGGAUGAGGGUCGUGUGGGCGGCCCGUUGAUCCGGCCUCUCAGCUACUACCUUCAUUACGACCACAAUUCGACGGAGAAGUUGCUGCUGGAGGCCGACCUGCUCUUCAAUGAGCUGCAAGCCUCCUCCUCUUCUUCCGACCCCUCGUCUCCGUUAACCGCGACUCGACUUCUGACCAAGACCAGGGACCCGCUGCCCAACGCCGCCCCCACCAAACGGCAACGGGUGGAGCAAGGAGCGGAGGACGAGCGCUACGAACGAGUUGAGGUCUCUGAGCUCGAGCAGGCCUCGGCCGGGCAAACAGCCGAGCCGAGCCGAGACAGCGACAAGAAGAAGAAGAAGACCAAGGAGCGCAAGAGCAGAGUAGCAGAGAAGAACACGAAAAAGGACGAAAAAGAGAAGGCCAAGGGGAAGCGAGCAAGAAGAUCGGCCGAUGAAGCGCGCCAAGAGGACGAAGAGGAGGAGGAGCAGCCCAAGAGGCGGCGUAGGAUUCGGCGGACGGAAGACAAGAAGGCCGGACAGGCGAGGCCCACCACCUCCUCAGACGGGCGUUGGAAGACGGGGAAAUACGUGUGCGCUGAACACUUUCGGGACAAGUGCGCCACGUGUACGGAACGCACGCCCGUAUACCUCAAGUAUGGCAUCACGUUCACCGUGCAGAAAGGCAGAAACUUUGGGUGUCUCCACCCGCUUCGCGAAUUCCCGGGCGAGCCGUGCGGCGUCAGGUUCACGACGCAGCACGAGCUCGUCGAGCACCGACUCGCUCACGAGGCCUCAGAGCGACCGGGCGGUCUGGUGCGCCAGGAAGUGCUCGACAGGCGACUCGAGGUGUCGGCGGCCGUGGUGCAGCGGAUGAUGAAGGAGCUCGACCAGUCGGAGUCCACCGUACUCAUCGCGGCUCUCAUCGACCGCGAAUGCGCGCGACUUGGCUACGAAGAGAAGUGCAAGCCGUCGGCCGAGGUGGUGCACCAGCGGUACCGAUGGGCGCGGUACCGGCAGCUGAAGUUUGACUCCGCGGUGGAGCUCCCCACCGAGCACAUGAGGCUGCGGAGGCGCCUGCAGCUCGAGGCCAUGGAGACGCUCAUGCGCGAGGACAUUCCGCUGGCCGACCUGGACCAGGGCUGGGUGGUGGCCCGCAUCGCGCACCUGUGGGAUCAGGUCAAGGACCAGCGCCGCGGGAUCCCCUACACUAAGUCCACGAUCGUGUCCACCAUCUACAACUGGGUGCGGCGGACCUACUCCAAGCCCGUGCCGCCGAUCUUCCCACCGAUCGACAGACGGUUGUCCAAGAAGCGGAGGAGGAAAGAGGAAAAGCGAAAGGAGGAGAAGAUGAACAAAAAGGAGGAAGAAGAGGAGGUGCAGAGCCAAUCAGAUGAUGGCAACAACGACAACGACAACGAAGACAGUGAAGACACCGCCGUCAACGACGACCCAGACAAUAAUAACGUCACUUACGAUGAGGACACGGAGGACGAAGGACUUGCAACCGGCAUGGAGGUGAACGAGGCGGAAGAGGAGGGCGAGGAGGAGGAGAAGAAGAAGCAGAACGAGAGUGCCACGAGCAACCGAAGCCGAGGGGGGGACGUGGGUGGGCGAGAGGCGGCGAUGUCGACCCUUUCUCCUUCGGCCGGCGGGAAGGUAGAGACGACCGUGCGUGAGGGUCUCACCGGCCGAGAGCUAGUUCUUGCACGACGCCGGCACGUGCACCCGUUCAUCCUCUCCCUGCUGGAGCGGUUCGAGCUGUCGUUCCCCGUGGGCGCCCACAUCCACAAGCUGGGCGACUACGCCGCCCUUCUGCGCUCGGGCGGCGAGGCCGGUUCCAAUGCUCCCGCCCCCAGUCUGGAAGAGCCUCUGUACCUCAUCCCCUCGCUGCUCCCCGAAGUGCGGCCCCUCAAGCUCUCGUCCCUGUGGCCCCUCUACUGCCGUGAAGGCGAGUCUAUCUUCGGUCGGUGCUAUCGAUUCGAGUUCGUACCCAAGGGGUUCAUGGGCCGGCUCAUUAUCCGUCUGCUGGCGUUCCCGCUCGCCGCACAGCUGUAUUGGCGCCAUGGCAUCCUGGCCCACAUAGGAAGGUACACUGGCGUGUCG